AGGGGAUGGAGGGCUUCGAGUACUCGUCGAUGCCGUCGUCGUGGGAUAAAAAUAAUGACUAUUAGCUUGCUUCGGCCCCUGCUAUUUUCCAUCGCUUGGUUGCUUCCCGCCGUGGAUUGCAUCGCUUGGACAACGAAGGCGACGACGGCCAACAAGGUCGCUAGUGUGAGCAGUACGAAUGCAUCUAGGAAAGGGAGUAGCGAGGUCUGGGGCGUUUUAUCUGGAAGAGGUGGAUCCAAUGAUGGAAAUGUGGAGAAAAAACGUCAGCGUUUUCUGGUCUUGAUGGAUGUGUUCUGUGAUUUUCACGGCCGAUAUUUGGCCGAAAUGGCUGGCGAAGUGUACGGAGUCGAGUGCGUGCAUGUGCUGAGCGAUUACAUGGCAGAUUAUAUAACCAUGCAAAAGCAACAGGAUGGCAGCGAGGAAAAUUUGUCGUUAAUGCCACGAAUGCCUUCUUCGCCCGAAGAGGCAAUUGAGUGGCGUCGUGAUCUGUUGGAGAGAUUUCUAAUGAGUGAGCAUGCCAAGAUCAAUGACUACGAAGAUAUCGAAUUAAGAGGACUGAUUUGUGAAUCUGACCCUGGAUUAGCCGAUGCAGAACGAUUGUCUGCUCUGUUGAACGUCAAAAACCACAAUGGACUCAACGAAGCCCGGCGGAACAAGUUUUUGACCAUUUCAACAUUGGCCUCAAAAAAAAUUCCGACCGUGCGACAAAAGCUCUGCAGUACAAUAGACGAAGCGGUGGAAUUUGCAACGAAUGAGUUCUCUUCACUGUCAGCCACUACCGUAGUGGUGAAACCCGUGCGGGGUUGCGCUUCGGACGACGUGUUUCUAUGCAAUGAUCUAGAAUCCGUUCGGUCAGCAUACGAAACGGUGAAGGGAUCCACGAUCUUAGGAUCACCGACUGAAAAACACGAGUCGGUUUUGGUUCAAGAAUAUGCCGUCGGGCAAGAAUAUGCAAUUGAUACCGUUACGAAGAAUGGGAAACUCAAGAUUGCUGCUGUUUGGAAAUAUGACAAACGRCCUCAGCCACCAACAAUAGAACGAACACAUGUGCUAGGGGAUCUAGAUAUAACGAACGAGGAAACUAACGAGGGCGAUGAGAUCGGUGAAAAACGCCGUCAAGUAUAUUAUGCUACGAUGAUAUACGAUGAUGACGAUGAAAGCAGCACCGAAACUAGUGAUCCUCUCCUUYCUAUAAUCUACAAAUACCUCGAUGAGUGCUUGAACGCAUUGGAUAUUCGAUGGGGGAUAACACACAGCGAAUUGAUCAUCACGCCUGACGGCCCUAGAUUGAUAGAAGUCAAUUGUAGACAACACAAUAUGAAUUUUGUUCCUUUGACUGACAACGCAAUUGGAUACAAUCUUUAUGACAUGCUUUUAGCCGCCUAUUUUGGAGACGACGAUGCAAAUGAAGCCAACGGUGAGGACAUCCUCAAGGACGCCCAAAUCGAUUGGGAUCUUCUACCCGACUAUCCCUCGAGACGUAUGAAUGGUGCCAUGAUCCACUUGGUCAACGAUAAGAGGGGGCUCUUGAAGCGAUUGAACGAAGAAGCAUUGUACGAAAUCCAAUCAAUGCAAAGCGUCCUGGAUCUAGAGGUCUUUCCGGAAUUUUUGCAACCGGGACUGUCGGUUAUUGAACCAACUGUUGACAUCAAAACAGAUGCUGGUUGGAUUCAAAUGAUUCAUCCCGACCGUGAAAUAUUCGAACGAGACUAUCAACGUAUUAUGGAAUUGAUGCCGACCCUAUUCGAAGUGUGAUYGAGUGGUCGGAUAGUAUUUAAUUUCGAAAUAAAUUACUACAUCAUGC